AAUCAAAACAUGGUUUACUGAUUACUUUCACAGCUACACUAUAGUGGCAACAAUCGACUAAAUGGUGCCGCUUGGGCGAUACUUCUCGGUUUGUUUGGUUAGGACCAGUACUCGCAGCAGUGCAUUAACUCUUAAGGAAAGAUCGAUAACACGGGUCCACCUGCCGAGUGGAGAAGCCGCGGCGUCGCCAUCAUAAAGCCGCUCGCGGCGCUCCCCUGGCCGCACUCCCAUUUCCGCGAGGUCCUCCCCGGGGUCUUUUGUCCCGCCACUUUACCCUCCGGCUCGCUAUCCAUUUCAAGUCAUCUUCGGUCCGGCAUGUCGGGCUCGACAUCCCCUACCCCGCCUGCGGAGGCGGUCGGGAACGAGGGCUACUUUCCCCCCGGGUACAAGCCUUUUAAACCCGAGGACCACGGCCUGGACAAGGGCUUCCGUCUCACAGCGCUCUCCGACCUGAAGGGAUGAGGCUGCAAGGUCCCGCAGGAGGCUCUGCUCAAACUCCUGGCGGGACUGGAGCCGGACCAGCCCACCGGCGGAGGAGACAAGGCCGGAGACCAAGCUGCGGAGUUCGGCCAGCAGCUGCCCGGGCCUCGACUGGGUAUCGGGAUGGACUCUUGUGUGAUACCACUGAGACAUGGGGGGCUCUCACUGGUCCAGACAACUGACUUCUUCUACCCUCUUGUGGAGGAUCCCUACAUGAUGGGCAGGAUAGCGUGUGCUAAUGUCCUGAGUGAUCUGUACGCCAUGGGCAUCACCGAGUGUGACAACAUGCUGAUGCUGUUGAGUGUCAGCCAGAAGAUGAAUGAGAAGGAACGCGAGCGGGUCAUGCCACUGAUCAUGCGAGGCUUCCGUGACGCAGCAGAAGAAGGGGGAACUUCGGUGACAGGUGGCCAGACGGUGGUCAACCCUUGGAUCAUCGUAGGCGGUGUAGCCUCUGUUGUCUGCCAGCCUAAUGAGUUUAUUAUGCCAGACAGUGCAGUGCCAGGCGAUGUCUUGGUUUUGACCAAGCCCCUAGGUACACAGGUGGCCGUCAACGCUCACCAGUGGCUCGACCAGCCAGAAAAGUGGAACAAGAUCAAGCUGGUGGUCAGCAAGGAGGAAGUGAAAGAGGCCUACCAGGAAGCCAUGUUCUCCAUGGCAACACUAAAUCGCACAGCGGCAGGCCUCAUGCACAGGUUCCAGGCUCAUGCAGCCACAGACGUGACAGGCUUUGGGUUGCUGGGGCAUGCUAACAACUUGGCGGCUCAGCAGCGUAACGAGGUGGCCUUCGUUAUUCACAACUUGCCCAUCAUUGCCAAGAUGGCAGCCAUCAGUAAGGCCUGUGGAAAUGUGUUCAACCUGGUUCAGGGCAAAUCAGCGGAGACUUCUGGUGGCCUGUUGGUCUGUCUGCCCAGAGAACAGGCGGCCAAGUUCUGUUCCGAGAUGAAGAGCCAAGGCUCUGGGUUCGGCAGUCAGGGUGCAGUGGGUGGGGCCUGGAUCAUCGGGAUUGUGGAGAAAGGUGACCGCCAUGCUCGCAUCAUUGACAAACCUCGCAUUAUCGAAGUUCCACCCCGAGGAAGUCAAGGAGCCAGUCAGGAAAACUGCGUGACUAGCCCUGCCCCGAGCCCCAAUCUCUCAUAGACUGUACUGCCCCUUCAACACACACUCGUGUCUGUCUCUGGCCCUGUGUGUCUGUGUGUAUCUAAGACCAAACAGACCAAAAUCAUUACCAUCCUCCAGACAGAAUUGACAGUUUACGCAAUUUGAAUAUUUCCCCAUCAUCGGUUUUUUUGUAAGAGCUACUGAAUCACCACCAAGGGCCACUUUUUUCUUCUUUUUUUUUUAAUGAAGUACAAAUUCAGGGUUCCCCUCUUGCAUAUCCUCUUCCUUUCCCCACUGCAUACAAACAACUUUAUAUAUUCUGUCCAAGUGCAAGAAAUGUUUGCUAAAGAUGUAGAAAAUUGAAAAAUUGUGAAGUGCAAAGAAACAUUCCAAGAGGUUAACUACAAAAUCCUAAAUUCUUGUUUAUCAAAGCAAGAACGUUAAGGAGUAUGUGGCUUUGAUGAGAUGAGGAUUUGUUUGUUUUUAAAUGCAGAUGAUGAUUCUCAUGGUGAAUUUACCUAUCCAUAGAAAGACAUAAUCCAUCAAUUGUGGCAUUUGGCUCUGCCCACGUGUCUCAGAGAGAGGGUUGAGCAGCUCUCUCUGGGCCAGUGUGUGGUGUCCAUAAUACUGUUUCUGUCAGCUUCCUGGCUUGGCCAGCACAAAAUCCUUCCCUCUCCCCAGUUUAUGAUGCUCCACCUUUUAAACCCCAGCCAGUGGGGGUAGGUUGGAGUGGAUGUUUGCCUUUGGAUCAGGGCAGGACUUGUGUGCUGGAGGUCUGAAGCUGUUUCUGUGUGUAGAUUAUGUUUUUCACAAUCAAUAAAUCCAUCAUGACACACUGGU